UAGAGAGUAGGUAGCGGAGAGUUUGAGUGGUUACUGAGCGUGCUCAGCGUGGGGCGAGUGACAGCUUGUGGCUCCAUGGGGGGUGUAAAUCUGCAGUGAGCUACCGGGUGAAGGGUAUUUACUGAGUUUAUCUGCCUAUAAAUCUAGUGAUAGAGCGAAGGCUGAACUGACAGCGUCUGCUGCUGCUGCCUAGUAACCGGGAUACAAACAGGAAGUGCUGCGAAGACUACGAGGCUGCACAUCACUUCGGUAUUUUGUCACAGCAUCUUGACACUACUACACCGGUACGGAGAGGGCACUCGAGUGAAGACAAUGGGUUUGUUUGACAGGCUGGCUGGAUGGCUGGGCCUUAAGAAGAAAGAGGUUCACGUAUUGUGCCUUGGCUUAGACAACAGUGGCAAAACUACAAUAAUCAACAAACUGAAACCUGCCAAUGCUCAGACCCAGGAUAUUGUCCCAACAAUUGGAUUCAGUAUAGAGAAGUUCAGGACAUCCAGCUUGUCAUUCACGGUGUUUGAUAUGUCUGGGCAGGGGCGAUACAGAAAUCUCUGGGAGCACUAUUACAAGGAAGGUCAGGCUAUUAUUUUUGUCAUUGACAGCAGUGACAAGCUUCGAAUGGUCGUGGCUAAAGAAGAACUGGAUACUCUUUUAAAUCACGCAGAUAUUAAACACAGACGGAUACCGAUUUUGUUUUUUGCUAACAAGAUGGACCUGAGGGACUCCCUAUCAUCAGUAAAAGUGUCACAGAUGCUGUCCUUAGAAAAUAUCAAGGACAAGCCCUGGCAUAUUUGUGCAAGUGAUGGACUUAAAGGAGAGGGUCUGCAAGAAGGAGUAGACUGGUUACAGGAUCAAAUCCAGGCAGUGAAGACCUAAGAAGAUAAUAGAAUAAUAUAUACUAUCAUAAUAAAUAAAUAUGGACCAAAAGA